GCAGCUGGGGCAGAUGCUGGAGAACACAGCCGUGCGUGCCCUGAAGCAGCUGAUUCUGCUGCACCGGGGGGACGGCCCCAGCCCCUCCCGCACCGUUGAGUGGCUCAACAUGCGCAGCUGGUGCUCAGGACACCUUCACAUCAAGUGCCCACGCCGUGUCUUCUCCCGCCGGAGCCCCAACAAGCUGAGGGAGAUGUAUGCGAAGGUCUUCGAGAAGGAUGCUGACCGGCACAGCGACUUCUCCCGCCUGGCACGGGUCCUGACCGGCAACAGCAUUGCCCUGGUGCUGGGAGGAGGAGGGGCCAGGGGCUGCUCCCACAUCGGGGUGAUCAAGGCCAUGGAGGAAGCCGGGAUCCCUAUUGACCUGAUCGGGGGCACAUCCAUUGGCUCCUUCAUCGGGGCUCUCUAUGCUGAAGAGCGCAGUGCUGUGCGCACCAAGCAGCGUGCCCGUGAAUGGGCCAAGAGCAUGAACUCCGUGUUUGAGACGGUUCUGGACCUCACCUACCCCAUCACCUCCAUGUUCUCCGGCUCAGCCUUCAACACCAGCAUCAGCAAGGUCUUCCAGGACAAGCAGAUUGAGGAUCUGUGGCUCCCCUACUUCAACGUGACGACGGACAUCACAGCCUCGGCCAUGCGGGUGCACAAGGACGGUAAGCGCCUGCGCCCCACACCCGUGGCGUGUCCCAGGCUGCACGAGGUGCAUGGUGCCCUGGCUGUUGGGGCCCAAGUCCUCAGCAUCCUGCUCAUGUGAGGGCCCAGAGCCAGAGGCCUCUCCCUGCCCCCCACCCUGAGCCAGGAGCGCAGCCUGUGGGGUGGAGCCUGGUUGGUUGCUGAGAGUAACGGGCCUCACUGGCCUGUCUCGGCCCCUGCUGGCUCUCUCCAAAGAGCCCUGCUGUGUGUGUGCUCGAUGGGUCCACGUGGCCAGGCCAGGCCUGGGCUCAGCUUAGGGAGGCCUACUCUGACUGAAGCUAUUUCGGGAGAUUUUUUUUUUCCAACAUGACAUAAUGUCGUUUCCUUAAAAUAGCCUAUCAAAAUCUCCUGGAUGGCUUUCAGUAGACGCCGGGGGAUCGAUGCUGGUUCCGGGAGACUCCAGGCCAAACCUGGAGGGUUGGCAACCCUAGCUGAGCAUUGCCGGCCCUCAGGUGCUGAGCCGAUGUCUCUAAGGAUGGGAGCAGGUUAUCGCCUGCUCUAGAGAGUGCCCCCUGCCCCCCAGGAAGCAGUGCUUGUAACCCCUAGCCCACAUCAGCUGGCAUGGGCCACCCGACUGCCAAGCCAUCCACUAACACAGUGAGGGACUGGGCUGGGCAUGGCCAUCUCAAUGUCUUUGCACUUGUCCCCUUUGCCCCCACACCUGGCAGGGCCCCUCGGCACCCUGCCCUGCAGAGAAGGAUAAUGUUACAGGAAAGGGCUGAAAGGAGUGCAGGGGCUGUCAGGGCAGGGCUCCAGAGGUCUAAUUAGGAGUGAUGGGCUGAAAUAAAGGAGAGACCCCCCCGCCCCGUCUGCCCCCACCCCUGCGAGAGAGCCAGGGCAGAAGCUGCUGUUGGUGGCACAGGGGGCGCUAGCUCUGCUGCCAGGGCUGGGCUGGAGGCAAAGCCAGGCUCUGGGCCACCCCCUCCUUCCGCAGCAGUGCUGUCCUGGGGCAGCGACCCCGGCUGCUCUCCCAGGGGCUGGGGCACCCCUUAUAGGGAGCACUCAGCCCGAAUUGACUGGGGCCAAACACCAGAGCCUGGGGGCUUCCCCCACCCAGGGCUCUGCCCGUGGCAGCAGGAGCUGCUGGCUCCCCCUAAUCACCUGGCCUCAGGGCCCAGAAUCCCCAAGCGGCCAAACACCAUUCCUGUCUUUCUGGGGGCAGCAAGGGCCAGCCUGGGCCAGCAGAACCCAGGCCCAAGAGCUGCUGACGCUGCUCCUGGUCAGAGCUGGUCCCUCCCUUCCCCCUUGCCCAUUCCCACACUCUGCUGCCCACUUGGUCACUGUCUGGCUCUUCCCCUGUUCCCUGCUUGUAACAAUUCUGCUACUCACUAACCCCUGGUAACACCCCCCACCCCUGACUGUGUGGGGAGAACACAAGAUGGGGCUAUGGGACACACUAACCUUGCUGCCCCCUGCCCCUCACGUCUGGCCUGAGCGGCCCUCCUGUCAUCUGACACCCCCAUUGGGCCAGCUGGAUGGCGUGUUAGCAGCAGCAGCAGGGGCAGCUCUGGGUGAGUGGGGGGAGCUGUGGCAGCAUUCUGUCCUUGCACUUGGGUGGUGGUGGUUGGGAGCUCUGGGUGGAGCGAGGGCCUGCUAUGGGGGUGGGUGGGUGUGUGG